UUUAUUUAUUGUUGGUAAGGAAACAUGAAAAAUAAAUAUAUAUAUAUUUGAUGGAAAGUGUUGGUAAUUGUAUUCAACUAGAUGCAGAAUUUGGAAAAAGAAGAAAUGGUUUGAAGCAUUAGGUUCAAAUCCUACAAAAAUAACAAUGAGCAGUUUCAAAUUCAAAAAUUUUAAUUGUUAUAUUGUUUCUCCUUGCAGUUCAUCAUUCUCUGCAGUAUAUUUACACGGCAUCAUCUGGAAUCCAAAGCUUUCCAGAGUUUGUGGCUGUUGGUCUGGUUGAUGGAAAUGAGGUCAUGUACUAUGACAGCAACACCAUGAAAGCAAUCCCCAAACAGGCCUGGAUGAAGAAAGUCACAGAGGAUGAUCCACAGUACUGGGAGUUUGAAACUCAUAAGUUAUCUAGAACCCAGAAAUCCUUCAUAAACAGUAUUGAAGUUGCAAAGCAGCGCUUCAACCAAACUGGAGGUGUUCACAUCUUCCAGAAUAUGUAUGGCUGUGAGUUUGAUGAUGAAUAUAAAAAAGCUGAAGGUUGGGAAAGCUUUGGCUAUGAUGGAGAGGACUUCAUAGCAUUUGACCUGAAAACAGAGAGAUGGUCUGCUCCAGUACAUCAGGCUUUAAUCACCAAAAACAAAUGGGACAAUGACAAAAUGAAGGUGGCAGAGAUAAAGUACUACAUCACCCAGACUUGUCCUGAUUGGCUGAAAAUGUAUGUGGAGUAUGGGAAGAUCUCCCUGGUGAGAACAGAUGGUCCCUCAGUGUCUUUCCUCCAGAAGUCUUCCUCCUCUCCAGUCUGUUGUCAUGCUACAGGUUUCUAUCCUAGCAGAGCUGAAAUGUUCUGGCGGAGAGGUGAAGAGGAGAUUCAUGAUGGUGUAGAUAAACGGGAGAUUCUUCCUAACAAUGAUGGGACCUUUCAAAUGAGUAUUUACAUUGACCUGUCAUCUGUUCCCUCUGAGGACUGGACAAAAUAUAAAUGUGUGUUUCAGCUGUUUGGUGUCAAAGAUGACCUUGUCAUCAAACUGGAGAGAGCACGAAUACUGAGCAACAAUGUCUAUUCAGGUAUAUCCAUCAUUUCUUGGACCAUACCUGUUGUAAUGCUUUGUCUUGCAACUGUUGCUCUGUCUGGAUACGUUUACACUUUGAAAAAGAAGAAUGGUAAAGACAGGCGUAUUAUAGAUGCUGUGAGAGUUUAUGAGGCUCAGGAAGAAAUGCUUUCCAAAAAUGAACUGACGUUGUCAUUUAGACACCGAGAUCAGGAUCGACGUCACCACCUUCAACAAUUUGAAAUGAGUCGUCUUGAGGCUUUUACCCAACUGUAAUUCAUAAACUGUUUACAUGAACAUUUCUAAAUGUGAACUUUAUGCCACAAAAACAUCAGAUCACCACUUUUGAAGUAGUUCUAUUUUUACGUUUUGAGUUUUUCUUAUAUUUAUCCAAACAUUAAUAUUAGUUACAUGUAUCAUGUCAAAAACUAAUACUGAGGUCCGGUAGAUAUAUUUUUGUCAAUUUCUUUUCUUACCUCUUAUAUAUUUUUACUGUCACUGGGAUAGAUGGGUGCACUUCAUUAUGAAAAUCAGUGUGACCACUACACUAAUCACCAGAUUUAACUAUGUUUUAGUCUAAAUGCAGAAGAUAUUUGCUGUUUUGUCAGCAAAUAUCUUCUGCUUAGCUGUAAUCUACUGUUUAGAUGUAAUAGUUGUGAAGCAUCAAUAAAGACCUGAAUGGAAAAGAGACACAAAAUAGCUAAAGAUGCUGAUGGAGGCAGAUAAAUCGUUUUAUCAGAGUCUGAAUAUGAAGGCUCAGACCCAUUGAUUGAUUGAUCGUCUUAUUUAUGUAAAUCUGGAAACAAACAGCUGAUAAACAUGAUCCCAGUUUGUGAAACUAAACAAACCAGCAGACUGAAGUUUACACAAACGAUUGUCUUUAUUCGUUUCUCCAGUUGGAGUAAAUGCUGCAAAUCAAUGACUCAACGCAAUCUGCUGGGCUUCUUUGAAACUUUUGAAACUUUGAAUAAUUAACUGAACUGUUCGAUAACAUAAAUCAGUUGGAAUGUAUGUAUGAUUUAAUUGAAAUGAUUAUUUUGUAAAGUGUCUUGAGAUGACAUUU